ACCUUUGGUACAUUUUGUGCCACGCCCACAUUCGCUGUGUUCGUGUCCAUGCUGAACAACACAUGCAUCAGAGCUGGAAAGCCUCCUCUUGGCUUUCUGAAUCCAUUCUUAUUUUCCACUGGUUAUAAGGCAUUAAAUGAUAUCACCAAGGACAAUAAUUCAGGGUGUGGAACUCAGGGCUUCAAUUCCACUGUUGGAUGGGAUCCUGUCACUGGAUAUGGCACACCCAACUUUGACAAGUUGAAGGACUUGGUCUUGGCCAUGCCUUACAUACCCAAGUAA